AACCAAAACUUUGAGCGGAUCUACAGCUUUUAUUUUUAUCACCUUCUGCUGUCUGCUCUCCUCACCCCCGCAUUAUCAUCUAGAAGAAAUAUGGGUUAUUCAAGAUUAAGCCAAUGGUGUUAUCUUCUAGCUUUUAUGCUAAUUUUGUUCAAAACAGAAGGAGGUAGCAUUCCAAUUGUUCUUAUUGAAAAUGCAAAAGCUAAAGGAGCUGUUUGCUUGGAUGGAAGUGCACCCGCUUAUCACUUUCAAAAGGGAGAAGGUACUGGCAUUAAUAAUUGGAUUGUUCACAUGGAGGGAGGAGGGUGGUGUGAUGAUAUUGAGAGCUGUCUUGCUAGAAGGAACACAUACAAGGGUUCAUCUUCGAAAAUGAAUAAGACUAUGGGUUUUUCUGGCAUUCUAGGAAGCAAGCAAGUUUCUAAUCCUGAUUUUUACAACUGGAAUAGGAUCAAGAUUAGGUACUGUGAUGGGUCCUCGUUUACUGGUGAUGUUGAAGAAGUUGAUCCGAAAACUAACCUUUACUUCAGAGGAGAAAGGGUUUGGCAGGCUGUUAUUGAUGAAUUAUUGGCUAAAGGGAUGAAUAAUGCUCAAAAUGCUAUUCUUUCUGGCUGUUCCGCUGGUGGAUUGGCUGCUAUUUUGCAUUGCGACAAAUUCAAAUCUUUCCUACCUGCAACUGCUACAGUAAAAUGUGUCUCUGAUGCCGGUUAUUUCAUUCAUGGAAAGGAUAUUGCAGGAGGGUAUGAAAUUGAAAACUUCUUCGGUAGAAUAGUUACCACACAUGGAUCGGCAAAGAAUCUACCUGCUUCAUGCACUUCAAAGAUGAAACCAGAGUUGUGUUUCUUCCCAGAAAAUGUGGCUCAGACUAUGCAAACUCCACUUUUUGUCAUAAACUCGGCUUACGAUUUCUGGCAGCUAAAGAAUGUUUUGGCACCUAGUGCUGCUGAUCGUAAAGGAACCUUUAAGAGCUGCAAACUUGACUUAACCAAGUGCAAACCUGCUCAACUCGAAACUGUGCAAGAUUUCAGGACGCAAUUCAUAAAUGCAUUGAAUAUAGGACUUGGAAACAAAACCGUAAAUGGAUAUUUCAUAGAUUCUUGCUAUGCACACUGCCAAACAGGAUCACCACUUGUAUGGUUAGCUGAAAAGUCUCCAGUACUGAAUGAUACGAGAAUUGCAAAGGCGGUUGGGGACUGGUAUUUUGACCGAGCUCCCUUCCAAAAGAUCGAUUGUCCUUACCCUUGCAACCCUACCUGUGUCAAGCUUGAUUCUGAUUCAUAAGAGGAUUAUGCAAAAUAAAAAUAUACCCAUUUAAAGAGUCGAUGUAUAGGUAACUGGGGUUUGAUUCAUCUGUUCUUACAAUUCCAUUUGCUGGUAUUUUCCUACAUUUUUCAACAUUGUAAAGUGUAAACCUAACAGUUGGUAGAAAGUCACAAAUCUCGUUUCUAUUUCAA